GGUCGAGGGAAGGUCGAAAUUUGUGGUCUCCGCAAUGAGGUUCCCCAGCGUCUCUCACUUUUUCUCUGUGCUUACCUUCGUCGGCGUGCUGUUUCUAACCGCUUACAUCCCUCAGGACAUGGAAAAUGUCCGCCUCAUUCCAGAAGCUCUUCCUUUCCCACGGCGAGUAGCAUCGACUGAUGAGUUUGUGGCAGCAGGUCGUGAGGAGCAGACGGGCAUCGACUGGAAAACGAUACCGAGCCCGCUGUCUGAACCGCGAUGGCCCGAGCUGGACCACAACAUGGCGACCACCCCCCUGUGGCCCGCGGACCCUGCCUGCGCCAUGUACAACGUGUCCUUCGCCCUCAAAGUAAACAGAACCUUCCUGGUGUCCUUCCCGCGGUCCGGCAAUUCCUGGACGCGCUACCUGGUGGAGGGGGCGACGGGGGUGGCCACAGGGGCGGUUUUCCAGGCUGAGACCCUCCUGUUCUUCGGUAUGAAGAGCAAUAUGGAAAAGCUGAGGGGAAAAGUUAUACUCGUAAAAAUCCAUCGCAAUGAUAGACGAAGAGUUCCCGACCACGCCCCUGUAAUAUUACUUAUAAGAAAUCCAGCCAAGGCCAUAGUUUCCUUCUUCAAUUAUGUGAAUGGGGAAGGAGAGGAGAAAUGGACCAGAAAUGUAAGCUAUGACUCUUACUUUACGAAAGACUUUAGCGAGUACUUCGACCUUCAACUCACGAAAUGGAUGAAGCUGGCCAAGGACAGGCUCUUGUACUCCCAACGGCUGCUGGUGAUCCCGUACGAGGAGCUGCAGGAGGACCCGAUGGCGCAGGUGCGGAGGGCGCUCGCGUUCCUGGGCGUUCCGGCGGACGAGGGGCGCCUCGCUUGCCUCCGACGCCACACAGAGGGGCUCAUGCUGGGGCUACAGAGACAAGUUGACCCAUACACAUCCGAGGAGAAAGCAGCGAUGGCGAAAGCUGUGGCAGAAGUUUCUGAACUACUUCGCGAACGAAACUUGCCUCCGCUGCCUGCCUAUGAUUUGAUACAUGAAUAA